ACCACGUGUUUCCGUCUCAAAGUUUAGGCAACAUGGCCAAUCUGGAGCAGACGGAUGAUGACCCCAAACUAAGUGAACCCUCCACAGACAAGUCCGCGGGGUUAAACCCAGCUCCGGUUCGUGAUGCUCUCACGGUUCAGUGUCUGAUCCCGAGUUUCGCGGACGCGCGUGAGCUCGUGCCCGCGCCUUACUCGUGUCUCGUGCUACACACACACCGCAGACACGUUGCUCUGCCUCCCAUGUACCUGAACAAGAAGAGGACCGGGAUCCAGCAAGAACUCAACGCUGACCUAUUAAAGUACUCCAGCAGUUUGAAAGGUGUGCCUUUGGCUUAUGAUGCCAUCAAAAUUAUAGGACAUCAUGGGGACAUUUUCGAUGACCAAGGCUACAUUCACUUAAACAUCGAGGCAUCGUUUGUGAUCUUCAAGCCGAAGAAAGGAGAAACACUUGUGGGUGUGAUAAAUAAAAUCGGAGUGGGUCAUGUGGGCUGCCUGGUUCACGGCUGCUUUAACGCCAGUGUGGUGAAGCCGGCUCAGCUCACUCCUGAGCAGUGGAGAGACUCGGGCAUGACGCUGGGAGGCAGCCUAAAGUUCGAGGUGGUUCAGCUGGACGCUGAUGUGGCUGGAGUUCUGCUGAUCAGAGGAAGACUUGAAAAGUCCAGGUUGCAGGAGCUUACUGACUCCUUCAGCAGUACAGAAACAGGGCAGAAUGAGACCGUGGAAGAAGCUGCUGAAGCAGACCCUGCUGAAGACCCCUCCGAGAUCUCAGAUGCUUCAAAGCGCAAGAAGAAAAAAAAGAAAAAGAACAUAGAAACGGACAAUCAGGCUGUAGAGGAGCUGAACAACAACCAGACAGAUGAGGUCAUGACACACAAUGUUAACGCUAAUGGAAUGGAUUUGGAUCCUGAUCCCAUCAGCCAUCCAAAGGAGAAAAAGAAGAAAAAGAAAAAGGAGAAAAAGCAGGAAUCGCACGCCGAGCUGCCGUCCCCCAGCGCCGAUCUCCCGGGCAGUGACUCAAGCGGAUACAUCAGUGAUAAAAGCAGCAAAAAGAGGAAAGCACAGGAGGAUUUACUUCUCCAAGAGGACUCUGAUAUUCUUCCAGCUAAAAAGAAGAAAAAGAUGAAGUGAUGCUCGCUUUUAUCGUGUGACUUUAAUUUUUAUAGUGCCUGAAUGUGUAUUAUUAGUAAUAUAUAAUAACGCAAUAAAGGACAGAUUACGCUGCAACAGGAGAGAUAUAUAUUUUCACUUGUUUACCAAUAGAGGGCAGUGUGGAGUUUUCACUGUUAAUCAAGACGAUUUCAAUUGAAAAUUUAGUAUUACAUUUUGAAAGCUGUUGAAUUCGUGGCAUUUUAAAAUGUUCCUCUAUGUACAUUUAUUUGUGUUGAAUGAACUGCCUUGAAAUUCAAAGUAUCCAUGUUUGUAAAAUUCACAUUUUCCUAAAAAAAAAAAAAAUCAUCAAAAGUUCAUGCGUAAUCACUCAUUUUUCCAAAUAGUCAUCUCUUCGUAUAACAGUUUGCAUAAGCAGUCAGACCUGGAAUAAGAGACUGUGUACAUACAUUCAUGGUAAGUAGCUCAUAAGCCUGGAGGAUGUACCUAGAUAUAUUAUAGAUGAUAAUUACUGUUGCACAAUACAUCUGCGCCAUGUGCGUCACACACUUUAUUCAUCCAUAUAGCAUAAAUAUGUUCUGGGUUUCCGGGAGAACUUUUCAGUGAAAAGUUUACAAGUUAAACCUGGUGAUUGUGUUGUUUAAAUAAAAAUGAUUUAAACCAUAAAAAAAUCUUCAAUGAUGAGCAGUUGUCCCAAAAGGAGGCUAGUCUCUCUUCUUUAUGAAAUGUUAGACCUGAUGUUUAAUGUUUAGCCUACACCAAAUAUGGCAAACUAAAUUGUAUUAAAUUUCAACAAUUACGUACAUAUAAAUAAAACCUUACAUUAUGGGUGUUAGUCAAGUCUUCA